UCGGAACUCCUGAACGCAGGUGAAGCACAGGUGUGUAACUGCAAGGUGAAGGAGAUACAACCACACUAAUCUGCUUGUUUCUUCAUCGCUGCUGCUGGAUUAUCUAAAGAUGUUUACCCCAGAAAAAGCUCUGCUCGUUUUUACAGCCAGUUUUUAAGAGAAAUAGUGUUUCUUUUUAACGGAGUCUGUUUUUGCCAACUUUUGGGACCUAAUAGAGUGAUUUCUGUUUCAACCUCAACGCGGGAUUCAUACUGGAGUAUAUGAACUGCGUCUUUUGCGCACUAUGGAUUACAGCUACACCGAACGAGCGCUUUCUGUGCUCCUCGUCUGCACUUUUUUAAGUCUUCCUCAUGGCUCCAUUGGAGAAGUUCCAUCUAAACCAGCCGUGGGAGUCACGGUUUUGCCCCCGAUUAAGCCCGAUGAACCUCAGGCGUAUCCAGAAGAUCAAACUCCAAACUUACCUGUGUUCACCAUGGACUACCCCAGGAUACAGAUCCCGUUUGAGAUCACCCUAUGGGUGCUGCUGGCUUCUUUCGCAAAAAUUGGUUUUCACGUGUACCACAAGAUAACCAUAUGGGUGCCAGAGUCAUGCCUUCUUAUAAGCAUCGGUCUGAUUGUUGGAGCCAUCAUGCACUCAGUCCACGAAGAGCCCCCAGCUGUUCUCAGCAGCAAUGUCUUCUUCCUUUACAUGCUGCCCCCCAUUGUCCUCGACUCCGGCUACUUCAUGCCCACCAGGCCUUUCUUUGAGAACAUUGGAACGGUGUUUUGGUUUGCAGUGGUGGGGACCCUGUGGAACAGCAUCGGCAUCGGGAUGUCCCUGUACGCCAUCUGCCAGAUCGAAGCGUUUGGCGUGCAGGACAUCAACCUCCAGGAGAACCUGCUGUUCGCCGCCAUCAUCUCGGCCGUGGACCCCGUGGCGGUUCUCAACGUCUUCGAGGAUAUUUCUGUCAACGAGCAGCUCUACAUCGUGGUGUUCGGAGAAUGCCUGUUCAACGACGCCGUCACUGUGGUGCUGUACAGCAUGUUCAACUUUGUGGCAGAGAUGCCGCUGGUGGAGCCCGAGGACGUGUUCCUGGGAGUGGCGAGGUUCUUUGUGGUCGGCCUCGGGGGGAUGGGUUUCGGCAUCCUUUUCGGUUUUGUGGCCGCCUUCACGACGAGAUUCACCUCCAAGGUCCGAGAAAUCGAGCCCCUCUUCAUCUUCAUGUACAGCUAUCUGGCGUAUCUGGUGGCCGAGCUCUUCGCCAUCUCUUCCAUCAUGGCCAUCGUUUGCUGCGCCCUCACCAUGAAGUACUACGUCGAGGAGAACGUCUCCCAGCGUUCUUGCACAACCAUCCGGCACUUGGUCAAGAUGCUCGGCUCCAUCUCGGAGACCCUAAUCUUCUUCUUCCUGGGCGUCGUCACCAUAACGACCGAGCAUGAGUGGAACUGGGGCUACAUCCUGUUCACGCUGCUGUUUGCCUUUUUGUGGAGAGGUCUGGGUGUUUUGGUGCUGACUCAGAUCAUAAACCCUUUCCGAACCAUCUCCUUCAACCUGAAAGAUCAGUUCGGUUUGGCCUACGGAGGACUGAGGGGUGCCAUUUCAUUCGCUCUGGCCUUCACCCUUCCUGACACCAUCGUCCGAAAGCAGCUGUUUGUCACCGCCACCAUCGUAAUCAUCCUCUUCACAGUGUUUCUUCAGGGCAUCAGUAUCCGACCCCUGAUCGAGUUCAUCAAUGUACGCAGAACCAACCGCAACGUAGAUACCAUCAAUGUAGAGAUUCACAGCAGGCUCAUGGAGCACACGAUGGCAGGAAUAGAGGAUCUCUGUGGACAGUGGAGUCAUUUCUACUGGAAGGACAAGUUCAUGAAGUUCAACAACCGAAUCCUGCGUAGGAUCCUUAUCCGAGACAGCAGAGCUGAGUCCAGCAUUGUGGCGUUGUACAAGAAGCUGGAGCUGCAGAAUGCCAUGGAGAUCCUGGACACCGUGUCUGGGGACAUCAGUGCUGCUCCGUCCCUCGUCUCCCUCCAAGAAGAGAAGAAGGAAUCUUCUAAACCGAAGAAGAAAUUCAUGGCUGAGGAUCUAAAAAACAUGCACAACAUUCUGUCCAAGAACAUGUACAAGAUCAGGCAGCGGACCGUGGCAUUCACGAGUAAGCAUGCUCUGCCCAAUGACAGCCAGCCCAGAGAGAUCCUGAUCAGACGCCACGCCAGCAUCCGGCGAAGCCUCCGUCCAGGCAGCUUUCAGUCAACGAUGGUUCCAAAGUCACAGAAAUAUUUCUCACUUCCUCCUGGACAGAGUUUGGGAUCAAAAUAUCCUUCUAUGAGGCGGAGUUAUGCAGAUGACCAUGAAACCAUGUCUGAGGUAGCCUAUCCUACUCAGCGCUCUCGAGUCCUCCAUCCCAAACGCUCCUCGUCUGGAGCCAUGAUGCCUCUUCACAGGCUGGGCACUCUGAAAGAAGUUCCCACUACUGAUUCCCUCAACGAAAGCAAGGGUGAGAGUGGCAGCAAAGACGGUGGCAUGCCCCGACCUAGCUCCUCCUACAGGGAUCCCCGCGUACCGACCCCUGGUCUCCACUUCGACCCCCUUGUCGACAAUAACAACGGCUCCGCAGGUGACGUAAGAAAUGAAGACGACGAGGCAGAAGGGGAACAGCGGCGGCAUGGUGGAGCUUUAUUGCCACCUCCAGCCUGGGCAGCUGAACCCAGAGACAACACACCUCGAAACCCUCUGCUCAGGCGGCCACAGUGGAACCCAAAAAAGUAAAUGACCGCCUCAAAAAGAACCUUGCCUUGCAAAGGAAACUGGGUGUGUCCCUGUCUCACUUUUAUAAGUGAAAGUAAAUUCACACUACAGGUGUGAAUUUCUGUCUGAAGAUGAACCACCGGCUGGAAGGAAUACCUCAUAGGAGGAGAUGUGACCCAGGUCAGAAGCACAGUGCACAAUAGUGAAAGAACUGUUUGCACGAUCACUGAUUUUCAAUGUGUUGCCAUUUUAGCUGUUCACUAUUUUUAAUAUUCAUCUUUUGUAUUAGAUUUUUUUUCAUUAUUUUAAACUGUUAAAUAAACUUUUAUGUAAAUGUGAUGUGUUACAUGUAAAUAUUAUGGUUAGCUUUUAUUCUAAUUUUAUGUCAUAAAACCUUGAUGUUGCUGCAAACGCUCAUAGAACCCUUGAAUGUCAGACACUAAUUAACCUGCUGGUUCAUUUAAUUUUUAUUUCAAUGCUCCGUGUUGUUACAUGCAAUCAUCAAGUAUUGCUGUAUAUAAUAAGGUCGUAACAUGUGCCUAAAGAUGAAGUGAGAGUGACUGUAGACAGGCUGGUCACGACUUAAAGUAAAAAGUUAAAUUACAGGAACUAGACUCUUAGAUGAAUGAAGAUGACCAUGGGACAAUAUUAAAAUAGUUUAUUUCAUCAUUAUUUAAGUGCAAUUUCAGAUUAUAAUGUUUUCAUAACCCAGGGUAUUUAGGUUUUUACAAUAUUUGCAAAAAGACUUCAUUAAGAUUUUAGGCCAAUGUUUAAUUCACUGUUCAGGUUUAAAAUGUUACGCGGUGGCUUACAAAAGUGUUCAUAUUAAAACUUGUAAACAAUUCAUUAUGACAAUGUUCAGUGCAGGUUGUCAGAAUUUUAUUUGAUAGAUCAACACACACUAGCUCAUAGUCGUGAAGUUAAAGACCAUUGAUGCCAAGUUGUCACUUUUUUUUCAAAUAAAAAUGUAAUUUAAUUGCUUUUGUUUUUAUUCAUUCACCUUUACUCUGAUACCCCUAGAAGAAGCUCAGUUGCCUUCAGAAGUUGUAAACUGAGUCCAGUUGUAAGUAAAUUAAUCUAGUUAGCUAUAUAUGUAUAUGGGUUAGACAAUACUAAAGGAAAAAAAAGCACCAUGAAGACUAAACACAGAGCUAUCAGGGAAGGUUAUUGAUAAGUUUACAUAAGGGUUUGGUUAUCUCAACUCUGAACAUCCCACAGAGCACUGUUAAAGGGGAUUUAUGCAAGAUCCAUUUUUGAGCCUUUAUUACUUAGAAUUGCCAGGAAUAUAUAAAUUUGAAUGUAGUCUCUCCAGGUGCUGCGUAAAUAUCUUUCUAUUCUUGUUUGGGUCAUAUUUUUCACUCUGUUCAGUUUUCUCUUUUCUGAACAAUUACAUCAGUGUUUGCUGCGGAGCUGCAUCCGAAAACGUCAAAUUAUAGCUCCUAGCGCCUUUUCCUUGACCUUUCAUUGGGUCAACAGUAAGAAAACUUCCGUGGGGAGGAAAGGAGCUUUUGGUCAAGCUUUGACUCAUAGGUCAUUACAUAAAUGAAACGCACAUGGACGAUUCUAGAAAAAAA